AUGAUAUGCUAUGAUGAUGGAAUGAUCAAGACCGUACGCGUCGAGAGUGAGCAAGACGACAUGGGCACGACAGAAAAGACGUACAGCAGUGUUUACAAAGGAUCAACUAUAUCCAAGCAACCAACUCGAUUCACACACAUCUCCCGCAACUUCCAAUUCCUCCAAUAUCCCCCAACAUCAAAAGGGAAAGAAGAAGAAACCAAAAGUCAAGAAGACACCUUUCAGACCUCCUCGACACCCACCAGGACCAGCCGACCGAAGUCAGACGCCGAGACCAGGUCAAGAUCAUCACCACUCCCUGGACCAAACAUGCAGACGCCCGAAGGCACGCGUGUUCCGUCGAGGCGGGAGUCUAAAUGGCUUCACUUUAGGGCAUCGAGGACAUAG